GUGUAACCAUAUUGAUCGUUUUGAAUCUGUAGUUCAGCUAUCGAACCUGCGUUCCAGUUAGUGAGAGUUAGCUAGUGAUUAAAAGCCCACAUUCAUCAGUAAUAUGUCUAUGUAUGAGAUGUUGGCCGCGUGUUAAAGCAGCAGUGCGUGUGGAGCAAUGUAGCAGCGGUGAAGUAAUGACAACUCAUCACGAUUUUGUUGGGUUACUAUGAGCUCUCUAUCAGCCCAGCCUGCGGCAUCAUGCUCUUCAUGCAGGACACUACCUGGAGAGGGAAAUCAGGUACAACCGAAAGCCCCUCUCCUGCAGAUUCUGCGUGUUGCCGGAGCCCAAGAAGAAGUCUUCACUCUCAAAGAGGUGAUGCACUACUUGGGUCAGUACAUCAUGGGAAAGCAACUGUAUGACAAGCAGAGGCAGCAUAUAGUCCACUGCCAGGAUGACCCGUUGGGAGAGCUGCUGGAGGUGGAGAGCUUCUCAGUCAAAAACCCGAGCCCGGUGUAUGAAAUGCUCAAGAAAUACUUAGUUGUGCUUGGUUGUUCUGACGCUGCAGAGAAUCUUUCUGUGGGCCGUGAAUGUGUAGAGGGCGGAGUGGAGGAUCGUGGUCAGAUAUGUGGAGGUGUGGUCAAAGCAGGGCUGGAGGCUGUCAGUAAUGGGCCUCUCCUGCCGACCCCCUCCCAGAGACGACCUCGGGAGCCAGACGAUGACUCCCUUGAAGGCCUGCCACGGUCAGCCUGUAAACGGCCCAAACUGGAUGUUACUCUGGACGAGUGGGACCUCUCUGGCCUGCCCUGGUGGUUUCUGGGUAAUCUUCGUAGUAACUACAGCCGCAGGAGCAAUGGCUCCACUGACAUCCACACAAACCAACUGUCUCCUGCACAGGAGGAGGACACAGCUAUCGUGUCAGACACCACUGAUGACCUCUGGUUCCUGACCGAGGGCGAGAGUGAGCAGGUGAGCGUGGAAAUGAAAGAGGCUGCACUGGAGGAAGGGAGUGCAGGGGAAGGGGAGGCUCUACCUGAGGAUGAUGAUGGAGGAGGAAAGGAGGCGAAAGCAGAUCGAGAGAUGCAGGAGGAGCCAGAUGAAGACUCGCAGUGUCUGAGCGAUGACACUGACACAGAGAUCUCCACACAGGAUGCGUGGCAGUGCACAGAGUGCAGGAAGUAUAACACGCCUCUCCAGAGGUACUGUGUUCGCUGCUGGGCUCUACGUAAAAACUGGUACAAGGAUGUCCCCCGACUAGCCCAUUCCCUUUCUGUUCCUGACAUCCCAGCAUGCAGUUCUCUCACCACCCACGAUGAGGAAGAUGACAGCGACACAGGCAUUGAUGUCCCAGACUGCAGCAGGACAGUGUCUGACCCUGUCAUCCUGCCCUCCCACUCCACGGCUGACCGGCCACUGCCUAAUAUGGUCACAGGGAAAGGCAAGGGGCCUUGGCCCUCCAGCUUCCUUAAGGAUGAGCAGCUCUCAGAGGGGGACAGUCAGGAAAAUCUGGGCAUGGAGGUUGAAGAAGUUAGGCCUGAGGCACUGUUGGAGCCUUGCAAGCUCUGUCGAGUGCGACCGCGCAAUGGAAAUAUAAUACAUGGUCGCACUGCUCACCUACUAACCUGUUUCCCAUGUGCAAGGAGGCUACACAAGUUCCAGGCUCCUUGUCCGGGUUGUGGGAAGAUCAUUCAAAAAGUUAUUAAGACGUUCAUCCUCUAAAUGGCACACGCACACAUCUGUCUAGGCUCUGGGGACUUAAACAACACACAUUUUCAAAUGGUUUCAACAAUACUAGCUGCAUGCACUCCGGUACACACUGCUUGUAGAGAGACACGCAAAAAACGUGCACCUUAACCUUAAAACCUACACAGAUACAUGCAAAGUUUAGCACUUGGUAAAGCUUGCUCUUGGUUGCAUGGUUUAUUUUGAAUCACACUGCCUCCGAAGUAUUGUUAGGUGAAACACAAGAGUUUAUCAUACCAAAUGUUUGUUUUAGUGCCACAUUUAAAUAAGGGACACACAAAGGCAGAAGUAUUUAUUUAUUUAUGAGAAGAUCACAUAAGGGUGCAGUUUGUGAUAUUAUUUGAUUUCAUUGAGGCUUGUUUUUUCAGGCUGUGUGAAUUUUCUUAUUGGUUUUUGCAUUGCAUUUGUUAAAUGUGCCAUUUAAAAAAAAAA